AUGGCUCAGUUCAGUAAAGAUGAGGUUUCUUUUCUUAAAGAAUUGCCAGAGCAUGUAGAGAUAGAGUGUCCAAUUUGUCUUAAUAUCUUGACAGAUCCUCAUCAGGUCACAUGCUGUGGACAUAAUUACUGUGGGUCUUGUAUUGAGAGAGUAAAAGAUAGUGAUGGAUCUUGUCCUAUGUGUAAAGAGGAGGAAUAUCAAUCAUUUGUCGAUAAGAAGUGCUUACGUAUUAUCAAUGGAUUGGAGGUCUAUUGCAGAAGAGGAGAGGAGAAUGUCAAUAUGAAGAAGGAAAGUGUCGAAAUAGAAAAUGCCGAGAGAAAAGGCAACGUAGAUAUCUCAAAGAUCACGAAGAUAGAGAAUGCCCUCAACGUCCAUUUCAAUGCCAAUACUGUGAGGAAGAAG